GACAGAUUCCGGACAGUCGUUGACCAAUAGCUGUAGAGAACGGUACGUCAAAGAGAUCCUAGAAGGGCUAUCUUAGCAGCCCACUUGACCAGCAGACACAUAUAGAUCUACAAAACAACAGGUUGCACGCGCAUAUUAUAAUGACUACUUCGCCAUUCGAUCUCCUGUCCGUGGAAUGUGACAUGGAUUGUGACCAGGAUAUGACCCAGGUUCCCGGAUGGGAUAAACUUGAUGUUCGGGCACAACCGACUUUAAUGCUCCAUCUCUCUGAUUCUUGCCCGUGUGAGUGUUUUCUUCAGACGGCCACAAGCCCCUGUGUGUCACCUUCCGAAGACGAACUGGCGACAAUACUGGAUGAUAACUUGGACAUGGUGUGUUACGAAAACGACAGUUUCCUCUACGAGAUGCUAAACGAAAUGAGUCUUGUAGCAGACGACUUCACGGAGUCCAACUCGCCCUCCACGGACUCUGUCACUCAGACGCUGGACGAAGGCCUUCCGAACGGACAGAGUUUGAUUGACUUUUUGAGUGACCCGUACAUAGGUGGCGAUGUGUCGUCUAGCCCCGACUCUUCCGAAUGGUCCUCAUCGUCGCCCCUCUCAUCGUCGGUCUCCUCGUCAGACAGCCUCGACUUCGAUGAUAUGUUCCCAGUCAGCCCGAAUCCACCAGAAAGAAAGUCGUGUUUGACCCCACACCGGAAAAGAAAACAUUCUGAUGUAUCUCAAGAUGCAGUCAAGAGAAAAUGUUGCCAUGGAGAUGAACUCUUUUCGACCUUAGAUAGAAUAACGUCACAACCUAUCGUCAGCGAUGUUAACGAGAUAAAAUAUGGAUUUUAUGUGACGUGUGAAGAUGUGUGAGUUAUUAUAUACAUCGUCGGAAUCGGAGUUGCACAACUUACAUUGAUGUACAAUAUAAGUGACCCGUAUACUUUGAGUAAUUCCAGGGUAGAUGGCACUGUGUCACAGCAGACUAGCUCGUCAUUGAUAACUCAUUAAGACCAGUCUGAUUCAACGAGAGGGGACGUAUCAGUCAAAUAUAUGGACAUAGCAUGAAGACUUUUCUUGCUUAAUUUAAGACUUUGAUUGGGCAAGAAACGAAUGUGGCUUCGGGGGUGAAUGGGUUAUAACAAUAUUUUCCGUGUCUAUAUGCUUUGUGUGAUCAUUAAAGAAGACGACGGAUCAUAUUAAUUUCUCAAUUUAUGCAAUCGCCGCUAUUAGAAGAAUGUUGUUCUCUGCAUAUGAGCACCUAUCAUUAUUUCUGAUAGACAAUUUAAGUUGAAACAACCUAUUUUUUAUUAGCUGUACUACAUGUGUCAGUAACUGAACUAUAGGCAUAUUGGAAACUUAUUUCUCAAGGGAAAAUACAGAAUUCCAGAAGUAAAAUGUGUUUACUUAUGUUAGCCAUGUAAUCAUGAUGUCGAAUGACAUGUGCUUAUUUAGAUAAUUAGAGACCGGAAAUACCAGCGUGGGACAAUUUCAAUAUUUUAAGGUUUGUCGUAAUUCUCACUUUAAUAAUACACUGUACAACUGUAUCAGAAAUCGUCCCGCUUGUCUUGCCUAUCAAAAGACAUCUACUUUAAUUUCCUGUACAUUCCACCCAAUUAUCUGGGCCAUCAAAAAACAA